AUGACACAAACUAGUGCUGCUGGAUCAGCUAAAGAUGCAGCCGAUCAGAAUUUUGAUUAUAUGUUUAAAUUAUUAAUUAUUGGAAAUUCAUCAGUAGGAAAAACAUCAUUUCUUUUUCGAUAUGCCGAUGAUUCAUUUACAUCGGCCUUUGUUAGUACAGUUGGAAUCGAUUUUAAGGUUAAAACUGUAUUUCGCCACGAUAAACGUGUUAAAUUACAAAUAUGGGAUACAGCUGGCCAGGAACGUUAUCGAACGAUAACAACUGCAUAUUAUCGUGGUGCAAUGGGUUUCAUCUUAAUGUAUGACAUAACUAAUGAAGAAUCAUUUAAUGCUGUACAAGACUGGUGUACGCAAAUAAAAAUGUAUUCGUGGGAUAAUGCACAAGUUGUUCUAGUUGGAAAUAAAUGCGAUCUAGAACAGGAUAGAGCUGUAACAGAAGAACGAGGCAAACGUCUUGCAGACCAAUUGGGAUUGGAAUUUUUUGAAACCUCAGCAAAAGAAAAUAUCAAUGUUAAAUCUGUAUUUGAAAGAUUGGUUGAUAUUAUUUUAGAAAAAAUGUCUGAUGCAAGUGACGAAUCAACUGCUACUGGUCAAGCAAAUAAUGUCUAUGGUAAUCAACCAGGUGCAUAUAACAAAGGAACUGCAAGACUUACAGUUAAUGAUCAACAAGCAAAAAACAAUCAAUGUCAAUGUUAG